UGGUCCCGUUAUUCGGAGUCGUUUUUCGAGCGCUCACGAGGGUCGCUAGUGGCGUGUUGUCAAAGAAUUUUCUUGUAUUUUUAAUGUUCACCUCCUAUAAUUAGUGAUUUUCCGUGAAAAUUCAGACCGUGUGUGUACCAGGAAGUGCAUUAGACUACAGGAAAAGGUGGCCGUUUGGAGGCGCGGAAGCAGCGGAAACUCGGUCUCAAUUCACGGAAAUGCCAAGUAAUACGUCAUGAAAUUCAAAAUGGUGUUUCCAUUGUACAUUAGUUGAAGGGGAAAGAAUCGAUUGUGUGAAUACAUUUGCAAGGGAGAGAGAGCACUACAAGUGAUAACCAUGUUCUCAGAAGUCCAGUGUCCCGUGUGCCAGCUGUACCUGCUCCAGGGUAUGACUCUCGAGUCCCAUCUCGAGACUCAUCCGAAGGAGAGUGUCAUAUCUGCCCUUGUCUCCGCGACUGUGAGCAAAUGGGGCGCUACAGAGGAGAGCAGUGCACUGGUGAAGCACGGGCGGUCGUUGGGGAUGCCCCAGAGCAACGUAAUGAUUGUGAAUAGUCGCAGUACGCAACUGAUUCGGCAGACCACCACCCACCAACCCGUGGCUUCCGGAAGCGGACCCUAUAUGACCAAUCUAGUGCCGGCACAGAUGAUCUCCGCGGCGCCCGCGCCCACGCCCUGGCCAUACUGCGUGCUCAUGAAGCAGCAGUACCCUCCCAACGAUCUUAUGCCGGUGCCUCAGGCCUCGGUGACGGAGAUGGCUUACGGCGAGGAGGAGGAGGAUCCGCCAGCGGCCGAGGAGCCGUACUACUUAUCUGAGGGGCAAGAGAGUGCAAUAGAUGCGAGUCAGGAGGAGGAUGAGGCUCAGGACGAGGAGGAGGUUGCCUAUCCGGAGGAAUAUAGCGCAACGGACGAAGUUGAGAUCAUUGAAUCGAAGGAUGAAGUGUCCAAGACGGUUCCUGAGAAGAAGACUGAAGAGGACAAAACGACUAAAUAUUGUCCCAAUGGCUUCCGUGUUCUUAGUGAUGUUAUUCUCUCACCCAAGGAUACCUUCAAGAUGCAAGACAUCAUUUAUCAGCAGUCAAAGGUGAAACAAGACUCUGGUAAAGUGAACAGUUGUUCAGAGAUAGCCGAGGAGUCAAAGAGAGAAGUCGCAAGACCAGCUAGUGUCAUCCGAAUGGUGACUUCAGCGUCUGUACCGCUUCCCAUGAUGAUUAAAGUGGAGGAGGAGAAAGUGGAGAAGCCGGAAGAGAUUAAGGAGACGCCGAAAGAGGAGGUAAAGGAGCCAGUAUCACUGCCAACUAAAUCCACAACUUUUCCUAUGAUCGCUCCUCGAAAAUUCCUCAACAAGACGCCAAAGAAGCUGGUUGUUAAAUUUAAGAAUCCCAUUGUCAUCCAUGACACGCCAGAUGAGGUGAAAAUUGAGGCGCCACGUGAAGUGGAGAUCAACAAAGUCCCCGUGGAUGUUCCUUCUACAUCUAAAACUGCUGUGACGAUUCUGGCGACGGAUAAUGAAGAGCCCGUGGAAGAAAAGGAGCCACCCAAAGAAGUUGGAGUGAAAGAAAUGGAAGUGGAGAGUAAUAAUGACGAUGUAGAGAUAAUUGAAGAGCCCAAAGGGAAUGAAAAGUGUGCAGAUGCCGAGACUACUAAUACCAGUGUAAUGGAUGUGGAGACAGAGAAAGCAGAGCAUGAAGUGAAAAAGGAAGAGGACAAUCAAGAGGAUGUUAUAAUAGUGGAGGACAAUGAGGAGGAAGCAGAAAAGCCCAAUGAGAGCAUAAAAGUGUGUGAGAAUGUCGAGGAGGAGGAGGAGGAGGAAGAGCCAAAGUCUUGUCUCGCAGAAGUUCAUGCGGAACCUAAAAAGGAAUCCAUGAAGAUGGAAGUUGAAGCUGAGAUGAAAUCAGAUGUGAUUACACCACCGGAAUCUGAAGUAUUUACCAUUAUUCAGAUGGAUGCGGAAGAGAAGGAGGAAAAACUCUUUGCAGCCAGUUGCUCGUCCUCCUCAUCAUCUUCCAGUGCUGGCACUUCGGCCUCUUCGAGUUCUUCGUCAUCCUCAUCGGGAGGCUCGUCAAAUCGGGCCGAAUUCACAGCGCCCAACUCUCAGGAAUUUAUGGAAGAGACUGCGGGGCCGAGUCGUUUUGACUACGGGUUCACAGAAUUCUUGGCUUAUAAUGAGAGCGAGGGUGAAAUAUUCUCCAAUGACCGAUCAGUGAGAUUCUCUCCGAUGGGCAUCAUGAAUGAGGAUCUGUCGUGGGAGCAGUAUACGCAGCUGGAGAGCAAUCAGAAUUCCUAUGUGGAUUUGGACACUUGUCGCACACACUCGAUGGGCGUGAGUCGAGCCCCAUCGGCAGACAGUCUGAACAUCAGGACGGACGAGAAAAUGCCGGCCAAAGGAGAGAUUUCUGAACAGGAGAGCAAUGGGGACAUCGAUGGACUUUGGAAUAUUCCGGUUUAUCCCAAUUCCGAUACUGGUCCGAGAUUUUCCAGUUCUUACGAUAUGUCGGUGGCCAGAGAGAGUUGGAGUCUAAGCAGUGAUCAGAAUAAUCAGCCUGACGCUUCUCAUAUUCAGACACACGUGAUUCCAAAAUUCACUUCAUUGGCUUCAGAGAAUCAUGAGGAUCAGAAACUACUGGUUCCUCUUCUCGGGGAUCUGGACAGCUCUUCGGGCUUUAAGAAGAAUGAUGGGAAAAAUAAGAAGCCUCUACUGAGAUUGCUGAAGUAUCCUUGUUCCAUGUGUUCGCGCUCCUUCAGACUCUAUCGUCAGAGGAAGUAUCACAUGCUGAAUGACCAUCAGGUGUUUCUCACGGCAGAAAAGCGGAGUAAGAAACUUGCCACUAAAGUCAAAACUGAACCUCCUUCCUCCACGUCCACUACGGGGGCGAGCCUGAGUCUGUCGGAGGAUGACAAGGCCACCAGUUAUCCCACCUCCACCUUCUUCAUUGACUUCAACAUCAAGCAAAUGAAAGACAAGCAGACAUUCACGAGCGAUGUGCAGAAUCUCGUGACGAUGUUCAACACAAAGCGCUUCUACUUCUGCAUGACAUGCAAGGGACAGUUCUCGAAGAUCAGGGAUUACGAUAAGCACUUGUCCAUCCAUCCGGCUGAGUGCUAUUCAUGCGGGAAGGUGUUUAAGAGCUGGAAAACGCUGCUGAACCAUCUGAAGCGCCACUUGGGCAUGAAUGAGUACGUGUGCCGCACGUGUGACAAGCAGUUCUCCAGUCGCCAGAGCAUGGCGGAGCACGAGAGGAUGCACACAGGAGAAAUGCCGAUAAAGUGCAGCCUCUGCCCGCGCAUGUUCCGUCGGCAAUCAAAUUUGCUGCAACACCAGCACAAUCACCACAUGAAAAUCAGGACACGCAUAAAGGACUACUUGUGCCAUUGUGGUGAGGUGUUCCACACGAAGGCGAAGUUCUUGUGGCACAAGGAGACACACGAGAAGAUUCCCAAGGGGUGUCCAUUCUGUCGGGAGCGCUUCAUUCAUCGAAACAGCCUGUCGCGUCACAUUCGGCUGGCGCACGCGGAGAAGUUCAUUGAGAUUAAGAAGGAAACUGUGGCGUGUCACAUCUGUCAUAAGCACUACCUGAAGACCAGCAUCAAGACACACCUUAUGAUCCACACGGAGCAGGUGCACUUUGAAUGUAGCAUCUGCAAUAAGUCAUUCAGCACCAAGUGGAAUCUGAAGAUGCAUAAGUGGAUACAUGCCAGCCGCACGGCUAUGCCAUUCAAGUGUCCGACAUGCCCGAAGGCAUUUAUCCGACAGAAUGACCUGCAGGAUCAUCUAAAUCGCCACAAGUCCAUCAAGCCCUUCACGUGCGACUACUGCGGAUGCCAGUUUGGCAGGAAGUACAACUGGCUUCGUCACACUCGUGAACAUAUUACGGAGAAGCAGCACGUGUGCACCAUUUGCGGCAAGUCCUUCCAUCGGGCAUACUAUCUGAAGGAACACUCACGCUCCCACACCAACGAGCGUCCCUAUGAGUGUAUCAUUUGCGGAAAAACGUCGGCCACAAAGACAAAUCACAACAAACACGUGAAGAUUCACCAUGCCAGGGAUCCUCUCACCGCUGAGGGAUAAAUACUCUGCAAUGAAGCCAUUAUCAAGCUUGAAAGUCACUUUGGGGAGUAUUUGGAAGAGCGAAUCGUUCAGUUUGAGAAAUAUCACAUUGAGACAAUGAAUAAUAACUCUUAGCUCUUCACUAGGUAUUUUUUGCAUCUAAAGGAUAUACAUCGUGUGGCAUUAAGUCGUGAUUCCUCAACACGAUAUCCCUGUUUAACUUUUUGCAGAGACAUUAAUCGACGUAAAUUAGGUAUAAUCGUGAGAAGAAAUCCCACAUCUUAAGAUUAGGCGAUAGGAGAGAAUACCAAUUAAAUUUAGCCAAUUAAAUUUAAAAAUAAGAUUUAACAUUGAUCAUGCGUGGAUGUAUAUGCAAUGCAUUUAUAUAGUGUGGUGUGCGAUGCAAGAGAAAUAUUCAAUAUUUGUGGAUGUGAUUUGCAUUACUGAUCACCCUUUUUAGAAUUCAUAAGUUGUAGGCGAUAAGAAUUUCUUUAAGAAUUGUUCUAUUUCCCUCGGAGAUGUCGUAGGUAGGCUUCUCUAGAAUGUAAGCUCUACACUGAGAUUUUACUGUACACGUGCAAAAUACAUACAAUCGAUAGAGGAAGAAUUAAAAAAUGAAUUU